AUGUGGUCUCCCGUUUUUGAAAAAAUGUUUACUUCGAACUUCUCAGAGAGGAAGGAAACUGAAAUCUCAUUUCCAAACAAAGCGAGCGAAGAAUUCAAAGAAAUUUUAGUGAUGGUUUAUUCCUGUGCAGAGUCGCCAGCAGUGACGAACGGCAAUUGCUUCUUCUUACUUAAACUCGCUCACGAAUAUCAAAUCGACUGUGCUCUUCGUAAGUGUGAACACUUUCUUUGGAACGCUUCAUAUUCUGUGGUUGCUGGUUGUUUACACAUCAAAGAUCUUUUUCCAUUUUUUAAAAUGAAGCAGUUUAAAGACGAAAAAGAACAAAUUCUGUCUUUGUUAAUUGUUGGUCAGGAGUACCAGCUAGAAAGAGUUGUAGCAGCUUGUGUACACUUGGCCAGCUACUUCACUUUGAAAGCACUAAAGCAGGAUUAUGUGGAAUUAUGUGAUCUUAUCACUAAAGAAAAUUACUCGAAAGAAUGA